AUGCUUUCCUCUCUCUUUUCGUUAGGAAAGAACAAGAAAUCAAAAACAAGUGUUUCUCUAUCCAAAGAGAGCGAAAAUAAGAAGACCGGCUCUUCUAUUUCAUCUUUUGAUGAUCAUGAAGAAGAGGUUUGGAUGGAAUGUACCGAUAAGACUUUGAGCAAGUUGAACCAACUUCUCUCAAACAAAGAUCUUGCUGAUGCUGUUUUGGUGGUUGAUUCUGGAAAGAAGUAUCCGAUCGUAAGAGCCUUGAUUGCCAAUUGGAGCUCAGUGUUAAAGGACCAAUUGUACGGAUCUGAUUUCACCCCUGGUUUUGAAGUGAAAGUAGAGACUAAUGAAACAGCCAUGGAUCUAUUCUUGAGUGUUGUUCAUCGAGGUGAUACCGCCAAUCAUUCGAUCGAUAACUUUGUUGAUCUUUACGCUUUUGCAAAUCGAUAUGGUGUGAAGGAUUUGGAAGAGUUAACUCUCCAGACAAUGAAGGAAACUGAUAUUGAUGCCGAACACUGUUUCCUCUUGUUGGAUAAGUGUGAAAAAUAUGUAAAUAAGUACACGGAAAUCAGUGGCCUCAAAAACACUCUAUUGACCAAGAUUGCUGCAGAAUUUGAUGAUUUUUCAGAGGCAAAGCAAUUUGUAUUAUUGUCCAUUGACGAUAUUAGAUUGUUAGUUAGAGGUAAACAACUUAUUUGCAGUGAAGGAUCCCUUUUGAAAGCAAUUAUGAAGUGGGUUGAACAUUCUAAAGAAACAAGAAUGCAGUAUUUGGAUGAACUACUUGCUGAAAUUAGAUUCCCCCUCGUAGAUGAAGAGAUUCUUUCUACCAUUGAUGCACAUCCACUGUUGGAACACAAGAGACAAGAGUUGUUCCCCAUUAUUUAUGAUGCCAUGAAAUUCAAGUUGAACCCAGACGCCAGUCACAUUGUCAGAGACUAUAGAUAUCAAGAAAGAGAAUGCAUUUUAGAAAGUUACAUUCCCAAAGGUUUUGAUAUUAAAUUCACAACAUUGGGACAAAAAGGCCGAACGGGUCCCCUAACCAUUGGUAAUCACUAUGAUCACUGUAAAUUCUUGAAAGAUAAGGUGAAGCUUGUGGGAGGAAAACAAGAAUGGGUGAUCCCAAUUACGGGUUAUUAUCGAAUCAUUGCAGCUGGUGCGAGAGGAGGAAAAAACACAUAUUCAGGAUCUCAACGUGAAGGAUACGGAGCCAGAGUGAGUGGCACCUUCCAUUUAAGGAGAGGAACUUUGUUAACCAUCUUGGUAGGUCAAUGUGGUGAUGAUUGUCUUAAUGGUAGCUCAUGUGGUGCAGGCGGAGGUGGAGGAGGAACCUUUGUAGCUGUGAAUGGUGAACCUCUUAUUGUGGCUGCUGGUGGAUCUGGAGCCAAUUGGUAUUCUUGGAAAGUAGCAGGCCCUGGUGGUCGUGGCUGUCAUCCAGAGCUCUACUCUGCAAGAAAGGAUACAAGUGCUAAGGGUGACAGAGGAGGCGGUGGUGGAGGUUUCUACAAAGAUGGAUCCAAUGGCGAUCAAUGUGUUGGAGGAAAGAGUUUCCUCAAUGGAGGUGAAGGUGGUACUUUCUCCAAUAGUUGUGGUGCCAAUGGAGGUUUUGGAGGCGGUGGUGGAUCACUCUAUGAAGGUGGAGGCGGUGGUGGUUAUUGUGGAGGUAUUUGUGUGCUUCAAAACGAUUACUCCAAUAGACAUGAGGAUGACGGUGCCUUGUCAUUCAAUUCGGGAGUAGAUCAAGAAGAGUAUCCAGAUGACAAUGACUCUGAUGGUUAUGUAAAGAUUAAUAGAGUCUUGUUCGCUCAUAUUAAAGAUAAGAAGGCUUUAAGGAAUGUUUCAACUCCUGCUUCUGAAUAA